AAAGACCUUAAUGCAAAGUUUAUUAUUUCAAUGGAAAAAAAUAAAACGACAAUCACGAACUUAAAGGUACCAGAGGGUGGUACUGGAGACACAGGACGAGAAAGAACUAAGACAUUUACCUAUGAUUUUUCCUAUUUCUCAGCAGACAGUAAAAGUCCCAGCUUUGUUUGUCAAGAAAUGGUUUUCAAAAAUCUUGGUACAGACGUGCUUAAAUCUGCUUUUGAAGGUUAUAAUGCUUGUGUGUUUGCAUAUGGACAGACUGGGUCUGGGAAGUCCUAUACCAUGAUGGGAGAUGCGGGUGAUGCAGGUUUAAUACCUCGAAUUUGUGAAGGAUUAUUCAGCAAAAUAAGUGAAAAAACAAAGCGCAAUGAGGCAUCCUUUCGAACAGAAGUCAGUUAUUUGGAAAUUUAUAACGAACGUGUGAGAGAUCUUCUCAGACGGAAGUCAUCAAAAACUAAUAAUUUACGAAUACGAGAACAUCCAAAAGAAGGGCCUUACGUUGAGGAUUUGUCUAAACAUUUAGUGCAAAAUUACGCUGAUGUAGAGGAACUUAUGGAAGCAGGAAAUAUAAAUAGAACGACGGCUGCAACUGGAAUGAAUGAUGUCAGUAGCAGGUCGCAUGCCAUUUUCACGAUCAACUUCACUCAGGCUAAAUUUGAUUCUGAAAUGCCUUGUGAGACUGUUAGCAAGAUUCAUUUGGUAGAUCUUGCUGGAAGUGAGAGAGCAGAUGCCACUGGUGCCACAGGGGUUAGAUUAAAGGAAGGAGGGAAUAUUAACAAAUCUCUUGUUACUCUGGGAAAUGUCAUUUCUGCCUUAGCUGAUUUAUCUCAGGAUGCAACAAAUCCUCUUUCAAAGAAGAAACAAGUGUUUGUGCCUUACAGGGACUCUGUGUUGACUUGGCUGUUAAAAGAUAGCCUAGGAGGAAACUCUAAAACUAUAAUGAUUGCCACUAUUUCACCUGCUGAUGUCAAUUAUGGAGAAACUUUAAGUACACUUCGCUAUGCAAAUAGAGCCAAAAACAUCAUCAACAAGCCUACUAUUAAUGAAGAUCCUAACGUCAAACUGAUCCGUGAACUGAGAGCUGAAAUAGCCCGAUUAAAAGCCCUGCUUGCUCAGGGGAAUCAGAUUGCGCUCUUGGAUUCUCCAACAGCGUUAAGUAUGGAAGAAAAGCUUCAGCAGAAUGAAGCAAGGGUACAAGAACUGACCAAAGAGUGGACAAACAAGUGGAAUGAAACUCAAGAUAUUCUGAAAGAACAAACCUUGGCUCUGAGGAAAGAAGGGAUAGGUGUUGUGUUAGAUUCUGAACUGCCUCAUCUCAUUGGCAUUGAUGAUGAUUUGCUCAGUACUGGUAUCAUCUUGUAUCACUUGAAGGAGGGUCAAACAUAUGUUGGCAGAGAAGAUGCUGCGACAGAACAGGAUAUUGUUCUUCAUGGCCUUGAUUUGGAAAGUGAGCAUUGCAUCUUUGAAAAUCUCAACGGUACUGUGAAUCUAAUACCACGGAAUGGAGCGCAGUGUUCUGUGAAUGGUAUUCAGGUUACAGAGGCCACGCACCUAAACCAAG